CUGGUCAUUGCUAUUAUGGGUGCGAAUGAGGAGGAGAGAUGCACGUGUGACACCAAUAAGUCAAUUUGUCCCAGCCCAUUUUUUUAUAUGCUUAGCGUGUGCCGCUCUCUACCAAACGUGGAACACACGUCUACCACCACCAUAGAAAACGUAGGCAAGUCGAGAGAGACGAGUAGAGCCAGCAGAGGGCAGCAUCAACACUCACCGGCUACUUUCCCACCAUCCACCCUCAGCAAGGUUCGCUAUUUCUACCCCUUCCUAGACAUAAACAGCAGUAAAUACACACCCUAUAGAUUCAUCAUCAGCAUAAGGAUGAUUGUGACCAGGAUUAUUCCCGAGGGCCGGGCCCUACAGGUAGUACUCCGUCGCAACUAUGGAGUGUCUGCCGUCCUAAUGAAGAAGGUGGCCGAUCCCAUCCAACAGCUCUUUGUCGACAAAAUUCAUGAAUACAACCAGAAGAGCAAACAUUCUUACAGGACCACUGGGGGGAAGCUGGUGGAUGCCACACCUGCCAUUGAGAAACAGAUGCAGCAGGAACUGGACAAAGUGGCUCGACAGUAUGGAGGUGGAGCAGGAGUUGAUAUGACUAAGUUUCCUGAUUUCAAAUUUGAAGAUCCAAAGGUGGACAUGUCCUGAGCUGUUAAGACUGUUCCCAGUGCUUGUAAAAAGUGUAUUUUUACCGUAAAAAUGGCAACACAUAAAUGAUGCAUAUGUAUUAAAUAAAAUAGAAUAGACAUUUGUUUUUUUGAUAUGAGGGAGUUUUGAGGAACCAACUAAUUGUUUGCCUCUGUUCAAUACAAACAUGUCACAGAUGCACAUAUAAGUAUCAGUGCAAUCCAGUUACAAAAAACUGGUGACUAACAUGUGCAAGCUGAAAUAUGUGACUUGGUGUGGUCACCAGAUAUGAGAAGGCUCAAAAUCUAAAGAAGAUACAAAGAUUAUCCAUGAAAAUUAUAACAAAUGUAAGAGAUGCUCUGUGAGGAAACACUAGACAAACUAAAGUUGUCAGCUUUAUGAAAAAGGGAGAUAGAAGGAAUGUAAUGAAUUAAUGCAAUAAAGGAAUUAAAAUGAGUGGAUAGUGUUUAUCUAUUAUAAAUCCAUCAGUCUCCAUUUGAAUUUCUGAUAGGCACAUCACAGACCUGAUACAAACGCAGUCCAAGAAGGCUUUCGUCUUUUCUAAUACCAUGCCCCAGUGCACUCACAAACACUGACACUUCUCAUCCUAAUUUCUCUUUCACAUUAGUCUUGGCAUUUUCUUCCAUUCCAACACACCCUGAUGGUUCUGCACUUCUGCCUCGCAACCUUUCCUUGCUCUUGCUUCCUCAACACCUGACCUCUUCCCACUCACCCUGGUUUUGCUCAUCUCUUAUCCAACUUAAACACACUCCUAGUCUCUUCCCUUCCACAUUCCUUCAUCCAUUUGACAUCCAAGAAUAAAUUUGUCUCAUAACCACUGCCAUAUCAAAUUCAAAUGGAGAAUGAUGGAUUUAUGAUCAACACUAUCCACUCAUUUUAAUUCUUUCAUUGCAUACCUCUUUCACAGCCCUCUCAUUAUUUUCCAUUUCAAUAUAUUGGCAUGACACUGUCAUCAUAUACAUAAAAUUAUUUCCCUUUCUUCCUCCUCUCCCCCCACAACUAUCUCACCCUCCUACUGGCACAUUCAACCUUCUUAAGUCACUUUACUUCAUUUCUGAGAAAGUAGAGUUUAGUUUAACAUUAUAGAGAAAUGGGUUGACUUGUGUACAUAUAUUUGUACUCAAAGAAAUUAAUACUCACAUGGUAUGAAUAUAUAUUUAUUUUCUAAAAAGGAAAAUAAAUAAAUAAAUGUUA